UCGCUAUUCGAUCCGCGUGUCCGGACAGAGCAAAAGAAAAGGAGAACGAGAGAGAAAAUAGCGUCGAGUAGGCCGAAGAGUGCAUGGAGCCUCCUUCCCAGUUCUUCCCAGUUCCCAUGACCAUGCAGUGAGAUGUGUGUGAUGGUCUCCAGACCGGGGCUGUCCAUGUAAGCAAGGAAUCUAAGAAGAGAAGACCACACACCCUUGAGGAGAAAAGAAGAGUUUAACACGGGACAUGGCCUUGGCAGAAGAGGAUAUCAUGGAUGAAAAACUGGCCCACGUUAAGCAAGAGGACUGUGAGUGGGGUGCAGCAGAGCCUUUCUAUAUCAAACUGGAGAAUUGUGAAACAGGAAUUUCAGUUUUUAAAGAGGAGGAUUCCAAGGACCACAUUGCCAAUAUUAAAUCUGAGGAACUGGAAGGUAAUUGUGAAGUCUCUCAUUCUAAUUUACAGUCUUGGAACACUACAUUUGGAGAAGUGGCUACCGAGCAGAACUCCGCCAAACUGAAAUCAGAGUUAACAGAGUUUGAAGAGAAAAUCAAGAGAGAAGAAGGUGAAGAAGAGCAGUCGUCAUCUUGGAGCAUUGGAAUGAAUUACCAGAAGAAUGGCAGUUUCUGUCCGAGUCCAGUUGGUCAGACAUCUCUUCAGAGCAGCAGCUUUCUUCCUACUGUUAAACUAACACAGGGAGACGUCAUCAGCACUGGGCAACAACAAUUAUACAAUACAGACAAAGAGUCCUUGCAGGCCUACAGUGAAUGCAGGAAAAUAUUCAAAAACGCUCCUGACUGCCAAGAUUAUAAGGCUACUCGUAAAAGAAAGGAACCCUAUGUCUGUUCAGAAUGUGGUAAACUCUACUCCAGGAGUCGCUCUCUUUACAAACACAAAAGAAAUCACACUAUCGGAAAGCCUUACAGCUGUUCGGAGUGUGGCAAGUGUUUCUUAGACAACAGCAGUCUUACCAGCCAUAUGAGAAUUCACACUGGAGAGAAACCAUUUUGUUGUUCAGAAUGUGGCAAACGAUUCUCACAAACUAGCCAUCUUCAUCGACACACGAGAAUCCACACUGGAGAAAAACCUCAUUGCUGCUCUGAUUGUGGGAAACGAUUCUCUGAUAAGAGUGCUCUUCAGAAGCACAAACUAAUUCAUACUGGAGAGAAGCCAUAUUGCUGUUCUGAAUGUAACAAGAAAUUUACUUGCAACAGAAAUCUUCAGAAUCACAAACUAAUUCACACUGAAGAGCAACCUCAUUGUUGUUCUGAAUGCGGCAAAAGAUUUUUGUAUAUUAGCAGUCUUCUGGCGCAUGGAAAAAUUCACAAUGGAGAAAAGCCUUAUUGUUGUCCCGAUUGUGGUAAGCGAUUCUUUAACAACAGUGCCCUUCAACGCCAUAAAAUAAUUCAUACUGGUGAGAAACCUCACGGCUGCCCCGAAUGUGGCAAGCAUUUUUCAGACAGCAGCAGUCGUAUUAGGCAUAUGAGAAUCCACACUGGAGAGAAACCUUGUUGCUGUUCAGAAUGUGGCAAACGAUUCUCGCAUAUAAGCCAUCUUCGGAGCCACACAAAAACUCACACUCAAGAAAAACCUCAUGGAUGUUCUGAAUGUGGCAAGCGAUUCUCCCAUUUAAGCAAUCUCCAGAGGCACACCAGAACUCACACUGGAGAGAAACCAUAUUGCUGUUCAGAGUGUGGCAAACGAUUCACACUAAAAUGCAGUCUUCGGAGGCACACAAGAAUCCACACAGGAGAAAAACCUUAUUGCUGUUCUGAAUGUGGCAAACACUUUUCUGUCAUAAGCCAUCUUCAGAGGCACACAAGAAUCCACACUGGAGAGAAACCUUAUUGCUGUUCUGAAUGUGGCAAACAAUUUUCGCUAAAGCACAAUCUCCAGAGUCAUACAAGAAUCCACACUGGAGAAAAGCCUUAUUGCUGUUCUGAAUGUGGCAAGUGUUUCUUAGACAGCACCAGCCUUAACAUUCACGUGAUACUUCAUACCGGAGAGAAGCCCCAUUGCUGUCUAGAAUGUGGUAAACGAUUCUUACGAAUAAGCAACCUUUACACCCACCAAAGAAUUCACACCGGAGAAAGACCAUAUGGGUGUUCUGAAUGUGGCAAACGCUUCUCCCGUAGUAACACUCUUCAGAAGCAUAUACGAAUUCAUACUGGAGAGAAACCGUACUCCUGUUCCGAGUGUGGCAAAAAAUUCUCACAAGUAAGCAAUCUUCAGAGCCACCAAAGAAUCCACACUGGAGAAAAGCCGUAUUGCUGUUCCGAAUGUGGUCAGAGAUUCUUUGACAGUAGCGCUCUCCAGCAGCACACACGGGUUCACACUGGCGACAACCCGUACUGCUGUUCUGAAUGUGGCAAACACUUUUUUAAAAGUAGCGCGCUCAGGCAGCACAUACGCAUUCAUACCGGAGAGAAGCCAUAUAGCUGCUCGGAGUGUGGCAAACGAUUUUCACAACUAAGCAAUCUCCGGAGCCACAAAAGAAUCCACACUGGAGAAAAGCCGUAUAGCUGCACUGCCUGUGGCAAACAAUUCUCUGACAGCAGCAAUUUCAAACAGCACACUCGAGUGCAUACUGGAGAAAAGCCGUAUUGUUGCUCUGUGUGUGGCAAAAGCUUUUCCCACAAUAGCACUUUUCGCAAACACAGAAGAAAACAUACCGGAGAAAAACCCCAUUGCUGCUCUGAAUGUGGCAGGCGAUUUUCUGACAUUUACAGUCUCCAAAUCCAUAUGAGAAUCCACACUGGAGAAAAGCCCUAUGGGUGUGCUGAAUGUGGCAAACGAUUCAGUAAAAGUGGCACUCUCCUGAGACACUCAAGAAUUCAUACUGGAAAAAAGCCAUAUGGCUGUUCUGAAUGUGGCAAGCGAUUUUAUGACAGUUACAGUCUCCAAAUCCAUACAAAAAUCCACACUGGAGAAAAGCUGUAUGGGUGUGCUGAAUGUGGGAAAGGAUUCAUUAAAAGCAGCCACCUUCAGAGCCACACAAGAUUCCACAAUGGAGAAAAACCAUAUUGCUGCUCUGAAUGUAGCAAACAAUUUACCACCAGUAGCCAUCUUCAGAGACACACCAGAGUUCAUUCUGGAAAGAAGCCAUAUUGUUGUUCUGAAUGUGGAAAACUAUUUUCUUUCAGUUACAACCUCCAAAGGCACACAAGAAUCCACACUGGAGAAAAGCCCUAUGUCUGUACUGAAUGUGGGAAACAAUUCAUUGACAGCAGUGCUCUUCAGAACCACAAAAGGAUUCAUACUGGAGAAAAGCCAUAUUGCUGUUCUGAAUGUGGGAAACAAUUCACUGCAAAAAGCACUCUUCAGAAACACAAAAGAAUCCACACUGGAUGGAAGCCCCAUUGUUGUUCUGAAUGUGGUAAACGAUUCUUAGUACUAAGUAAUCUACAGAGGCACGAAAGAAUCCACACUGGAGAGAAACCCUAUUCUUGUUCCGAGUGUGGCAAGCAAUUUGCUUGCAGUAGCUCUCUUCAGCGUCACACAGUAAUUCAUACGGGAGAAAAAUCAUAUUGCUGCUCUGAAUGUGGCAAACAAUUCUCACUAUUGAGCCCUCUUCAGAGGCACAAAAAAAUCCACACUGGAGAAAAACCUUAUUGCUGUUCGGAGUGUGGCAAGCGAUUCUCUGACAGCAGCAGUUUUCGACAGCAUACACGAAUGCAUGCUGGAGUGCAACCAUAUAGCUGUUCUGAGUGUGGUAAACGAUUCUCGCAAAUAAGCCAUUUUAAUAGCCACAAUAGAAUCCAUAGUGGAGAAAAACCUUUCUGCUGUUCUCAAUGUGGCAAAAGAUUCUCUGAUAAAAGUUCUCUUCGGUAUCACACACUGAUUCAUACUGGAGAGAAACCAUUUGGCUGUUCUGAAUGUGGCAAACAAUUCUCACUACUCAGCAAUCUUCAGAGGCACAAAAGAACCCACACAGGAGAGAAGCCAUAUUGCUGCUCUGAAUGUGGCAAGCGAUUCUCAAUACUGAGCAAUCUUCAGAGGCACACAAGAACCCACUCUGGAGAGAAAAGAUAGAAGCCAUAUUGCUGUUCUGAUUGGGGCAAAAAGAUAUUCCAGUAGCAGCGAUUUGUUUAAAUAUAAAAAAAAUGCCCACUGGCAGGAAAUCCUGAGUAUUGUUCUAAAUAUGAUAUGCAAUUUUCAUUUUUACUUAGGCUUCAUAGACACUGGAGAAUUUGCACUGGAAAUGAGGAAGCCCUUAGCAGUACUUGCGAAGGGGGAAGAAGGUGGGAGGAGUCAAAAAGUCACCUGUCUGACUACUCAGGUGUUGAUGUGUAACUUCAGGCGGUGGGCUCCACUGUGUGAAAUCUGUGCCAAAUCUAAUCAGUAUUAGCACUUUGUUAAUGUGAAAUGAUUAAAAAUAUAAAUUCA